AUGGAUCGUGAUCUUCAGGCACCCGAUUUUGGCCAUGUGGCUUCAUGCUUUCGAGAAGCAGCGGAUCACUUUGAUCUUGCUGCGAACUUGCCCGCCGUAGACGGUGGUCGCCAGAUACUAGAGCGGAUGGACGCGAUUAUGCAAAGCCUCGUUGUUUUACAGGAAACCACUCGGCAGGGGUUCACAGAAAUACGAACAAGACUCGAUGCGAUGGACCAGAGAAUUACAGUUAUCGCGGACCCCUUGCUAACUGAAUCACGCCUUUGCACACCAAAUGAGCAGCCAGCACGGCAGUGGUGGAACCUCACACCACACCCUUUGUCCCAUACCCCGGUUCGCCGCAAGACAAGGGGAUAUAAUAGGGUUUGGAAAUGGGAUAACAUCUCGUUUAAUACUUGCUCCGUCGUCCUGUGGAAUCGGGCCGGAAAUGGCUACUGGGUUGUCAGCGCCCAAACAUCAACGCGCUUUGUUCUCCUUGCUAAUCUGCUUCAACAUCCCAGAUCGCCUCCCGCCCGCUCCUCGAUCGCGUCGAUUUUUUGCUUCUCUUCGAGCCAGUUGGAACAACUCGGCGACGCCCUUCCUCGAGGGCCGCUUUCUUCUAGGACAUGGGCGUCUCGCGGCGCCAUGGCCUCUUUUCCCGUCGUCAACGGCGUCACCGUGUUGAUGCGGCCGCCCGACGGCGUCACGCCCGACUUUGACCACCCGCAGCAAAACCACCGGCUGCAACAUUUCUUGGCCUUUGGCAUCGGCGGGCCGCUGGCGCUCGCUUUCUUGUGCCAGAGGAUCUACACCAAACUGUACCUCUCCAAGGGGCUCCAGAUGGACGAUGCAUUCAUGUUUCUGGGAUGGAUCAUGUCCUUGGCCACGCAAGCCCUUCUCACCUACUCCAUUCUAGAGGGCGGCAUGUGCGCGCACGCCUGGGAGAUGCCCCUCGAGAGGUUUGAACGAUAUUCCAUUUUCGUCUUUGUCGCCGCUCCAGUGUACCAAUUGUGCAACGGCUUCACCAAGCUCUCCCUGCUGUGCAUCUACCUGCAGCUGUCGCCACAAGGCCGGUUCCGCAUCGCGACCUGGGUGAGCAUCGUCAUCGUCACAGCAUAUACAGCCGUCAUCACCUUGUUGAUGCUCUUCCACUGCAAUCCUGUGCGCAAGGCAUUUGACGUGCGGAUCCAGACUGGCGGGUGCCUCGAUGCGGGCAUCCUCUACAUGGCGACAGCCGUGUCCAACAUCAUCACCGACGUGAUGCUGUUCCUGCUGCCGACGCCCAUGGUGCUGCGUUUAGCCAUGGACCGCGCGCAAAAGGUGGGCGCGAUUGCCAUUUUUGCCAUUGCCUCGGCCACGGUCGCGACGUCGAUUGUGCGGCUCGUCUAUCUUCCCGCAACGCUUCGAAGCACGGAUCCGUCGUGGGAUGCCGCGCCGGCCAAUGUGUGGACAUUCGUCGAGGGCAACCUGUUUGUCAUUUGCGGCAGCAUGCCGACGGCGCGACGCUUCGCGCGGCACCUGUUCCCAGGGCUGUUUGGGACCAACUCGCCAGCAGCAUCCAAAGACUCGGGCAAGAGCACCCUUGUGACGUGGGGCGGCAGUCGCACGCGCAAGCACCGGCGCUACUCGCAGUUUGAGGACGCCAGCGAGAUGGAGCUCUUUGCGAUCGGAGGCGCGGACACCAGCAAGGCAGAGCAAGGCGUCGACGGCACCGACAGCGCAGGAACAGAGGCGGAUCAGGAGAGGGGAGAGGGAAACGACAGAAGCACAAAUAGUGUAGUUACAGAAAUCAUACCGAAACAGGCGGUGCUAGAUAGAGAUAGAGUGGUUGAUGAGGACAAGCCAUGA